CAUGGAUAGAACACCUUUGCCGACAAUGCUGCUCGACCUAUUAUCUCCUCCUUAUGUUCUUCUUCUUCUUCUACCCGUCGUCUUCUUCAUCCACAAACGUAUUACUUCUCGGUACGCGAAAAGGCGACCUCUUCCUCCAGGUCCGAGGCCAUGGCCUAUCAUAGGCAACAUUCAUCAAAUUGGGAAAAAACUUCAUAUCUCCCUUACUCAUUUUUCCAAACUUCAUGGCCCUCUCAUUUCGCUAAGGCUUGGCACGCGAGUCGUCGUUGUCGCCUCUUCUCCUAUGGCUGCAAAAGCAAUUCUGAAAACUCAUGAUGGUUUGCUUUCGGCUAGAAGUAUACAAACAGCACUACCCUAUAAGGUCUAUGAAAUAGACCGCGUAGCGAUUAUUUUGGCGCCCACUUGCAAUGAUAAAUGGAGGUCCUUGCGAACCUUGUGCAGGACCGAGCUUUUCUCCGCCAAAGCCAUCGAAUCGCAGGCUGCAAUGAGGGAGGAGAAAUUGAGAGAGAUGGUGGAGUUUAUUAGUAGAAAGCAAGGGCAAGUUGUGAAUCUCAGUGAAGUUGUAUUCACUUGUGUUUUUAACAUAAUUUGUAAUCUUUUAUUCUCUAAGGACUUGCUUAGUUAUGAAGAUGAAGGUAGGAGUAGCGUACUGAAAAAGGUAGUAUCAAGACUGUUUUAUCUGUUCGUUGCUCCGAAUAUAUCCGAUUUUUAUCCGAUAUUAGCUCGGUUAGAUCCUCAAGGUAUGCAAAAGAAGUUGACAGACUGCUUGAAAGAAAUCUUUGCAGCCUGGGAAAAUCAUGUCAAGGAAAGAAAAGAAACCUAUAGUCAUGGCUCUACCACAGCUGAUUUCUUGGAUGUUUUUUUAGCUAAUGGUUUUGAUGAUAAUCAGAUCAAUUGGCUGGCCAUUGAAUUGUUGCUUGCAGGGGCAGAUACUACUAGCACAACAGUGGAAUGGGCAAUGACUGAAUUGCUUAAGAACAAACAAAUCAUGCAAACAGCUCGGGACGAGGUGGAUCGAGAAACAAAAACGAACUCAGUUAAAGAAUCUGAUAUUUCUAAAUUUGAAUAUCUAAACGCCUGUCUAAAGGAAACUAUGAGAUUGCACCCUCCUAUUGGAUUCCUCGGCCAUCACGCUCCAGAAACGUGCGAAGUUAUGAAUUAUACAGUUCCGAAAGACGCUCAGGUAUUGGUAAAUAUAUACGCGAUUGGGCGGGAUCCCUCGGUCUGGGAGGAACCGUUACUGUUUAAUCCAAGCAGGUUUUUGGGAUCAAAUGUAGACUUCAAAGGGAAUGAUUUUGAGCUAAUACCGUUCGGAUCAGGACGAAGAAUUUGUGCUGGAAUGCCAAUGGCUGCAAGACAACUUCACUUGAUCUUGGCCACUUUAAUACAUCAGUUUGAUUGGUCUCUUCCAGAUGGUGAGGACUUUGCCGAGUUAGACAUGUCUGAGAAGUUUGGUUUAACAUUGCAGAAGGAACAACCUCUGCUUCUUGUUCCCACUAGACGAAGAAUAUAAUAAGUUUCAAGAUUUGCAUUGUUUUUUCUUCUAAUAAAAUAUCUGGUCAGAAAAAUACUUGUAAGGAACCCUAAAAAACUGCCCAUGAAGUUCUUUAUAAGUGUGCAUGGUGCUGCAAUCUGAUCUUGUCUGCGAGUUUAAUUCUACUUUUGCCGUUGUAAUCUCUUUAUAUAUACGUGUGUGUUUGUGAACAAA